CGAUAAUUAUGGCAAUAUUCCUGCUUCGAAGAAACCGAGGUAAGGAUACUCAGACGGGCACAAUAGAGCAAAGUACAGCAAACAUUUCGAUGCGAUAUUGGAGACGCAGCAAAACCAAAGGACCACAAGAACUUGGAGGCUGGAAUAUACAUGAAAUGCCAACUGAGGAACAGAAUGAACGUCAAAAUCCCGUGGAACUUGCUGCGUGAUUUAGCAGACGGAGGAG